CUUUGAUAUCUUUCAGUGGUAUGUGUUAUGCCAUUGGUUGGAAUCCCUUUGUAUGUAUACUAGCCGCUAUGCUAGAUAGAGAUGCAUGAUCGGACAUCGUUAAUGACUACCUCAUAUGAGGAUGAACUGAACUGAACUGAAUACAUUUGGCACCAGCACGGUGAACGAGAGCCUCCUUGCGAUUUGCGUCAAAACGUCAGGCACCACUUAACGAGAGUCAUCAUCAUGGCGGGCAAUGAACAUGUUGAGUGACUAUCGUCGACGACAAAACGCAAUAUUAGUGCCAUACACAAACCAGCAAGCCUCUACUUGAGUUACUUUUAUGGAUAAAAUAUAGAAAGGGGUUCCUAUCAUGCCUCGGGCCAGACGGACGUCCCGAGUGCGCAGGAGAAGGCGGCAACUGUCGGAGGCCGACUUGAGACUACGAAUGGCUGUGGCGAAUGGCGACAUCAGUGAACUACGUGCCUGGACGUCUGACGGAGACGUGAACGAGUUGGACUCCAGUGGGUGGUCCCUCCUUCAUCUGGCGGCGUCUAGAGGGAGGGAGAGAUGUGUCAGGGUUCUCCUGGAACAUGGAGCGUUGGCAGCUGUACAGGAUUCCAUUGGUGGCUUCACUUCCCUGCACUAUGCAGCCAUGCAUGGGAGAACUCGCAUUGCCAGACUGAUUCUUGACUGCCAGCAUUCCGACGCGGUGAUCAACGCCUGCAGCAACGACGGCUGGACCCCCAUGCACGUGGCCGCUCAUUAUGGUCGGGAUGACUUCAUCCGCGUGCUGGUGGACUACAGGGCUAAAGUGGACGCUCUAAGUGACAAAGGAACCACGCCGCUUCAGUUGGCCUUGAUCAGAAAUAGAUUCUCUUGCGUCAAUCUCUUACUUGAUGCAGGAGCAGACAUCAACAUCCAAUCAGGUUUCCCUCUUAGAUACUCUGUAAUUAAAGGUUACCUCCCAUUGGGCAGGACACUCCUCCAGAGGGGGGCCGAACCCAACCUAGGACGGCCGGAGGAUGGGGAGACGCCCCUACAUCUAGCAGCUCUGAAAAAUGACUUGAAUUUUGCAAGGCUGCUGUAUGAAUUUGGAGGGAACAUGUAUAAGAGGAACUAUGAUGGACAGACACCCAUAGCUACAGCAAAAAUGGUAGAGGACAGGAGCAGGCCGUUGUUAGAUUUUCUUCAAGAGGCAUCAAGGAGCUGCAGAAGUCUACAGAACCUCUGCCGUCUGACGAUUCGAAGAGCCAUAGGUCACACACGCCUGGAUAAAAUCCACCAACUGCCGCUGUCCACGGUCAUGGUCGACUUUCUCAGGCACAAGUUUGAAGACUGACACAAACAUCAGACCCAGUUACACUGCCAUACAACAUGUUUCUUAUAAUAUCUUCUGUCACAAGACAGCUGAAUUUUGUACCACAAAUUAGAAUACCCUCAAGUUGCUAUGGUAGUCCUAUAAGAUGACGAAUGUGACCAGCACAUUACCAGCAUUACUCUCAGAGCUCUUGGGGUUUUUUCUGACUAAACAACAAUCAUUGUAUCAAUGAAUAACUGAUUUUUUCAUAGCAGCAAAAUCUUUCCCUAGAUUUAUGAAUCACUGUUUAUUUGUAUAUAAUUGUAAGUAAGAGAUGAUAAAAAAGAAUCCAUUAUUAUACCAACUAUGGAUAAAUGUAUUUUUGAAGAGACCAGCAUAAUGAAACACUUGAGUCAAGGCCACACCGAUGUUAAUAAAUUGUUUUGUAAUUUGAGAAAUAAUGCUGAACUGGAAGCUCAACAUGAAAAUACAGUCCAAGUCGAAAUCCUGUACAAGAUGCUAUAUUAGUCAAAUGUUUAAUAGUGUCUUCAUCUUUACCUGUUGUAUAACUUCAACCAUAGAAUGUUAGAAAAACAAGGGAAUACAAGUAUGUGUAGCCCAUCUAUACUUCUUUGCUUCAAUCAGGAAAAUGCAAUUUUUGCUGAUUACCUUUGAGAACAUUAAAAAAAUGUAAAAGCAUAAAGUUGGAUGUCAUGUGAUGUAGGAAUGUAUCCCAGACUGUAUUACAAAUAUAGCAUCCUCUAUAAGGGAAAGUAUAAGAGUGUAAGAGAAACAUGGUGUGUUUCGUUUUUUUAUCUCCACUGACGCCAGUAUUUGUCAAUAUUGGGAACGAUUCACUCUUGCUGUACUCAGAUUACAUAAUUUAUGGAAGGUGUGUUACUUGCAGACAAAAUUAAACAGUCAAUGCAAUUUCCACUA